CUUUUCCCUUUUGUCUGCCGUUAAUAAAUUACCCAAUGGAUAACGACAGCGCGAAACGACAUCAACUUUCUCAAUACGUCGUCGUAAUGAGACAUGGCGAUCGUUUAGACAACUUUGAUCCGCUCUGGACCUCCACGGCACUUAGACCCUGGGACCCGCCCCUUGUCGAAGCGGGUCGAAUUAGGGCAUUUUCCACCGGCAAAAACUUGAAAUCCCGUCUCUGUUUCCCGAUCCACCGCGUAUUUGUUUCUCCUUUCCUCCGCUGUGUUCAAACAGCUUCCGAAGCUGUCUCCGCUCUCUGCGCCGGCGAGGAUGGCGCCGCCGCUGAUACCUCUAAAAUCAAGGUAAAUAUAGAGUAUGGAUUAUGUGAGAUGUUGAAUACACAAGCAAUUAGGCAUGACGUGGCACCUAGAGAUGGAAAUUUCAGUUUCAAUAUCUCUGAGCUUGAAGCCUUGUUACCACCUGGUUCUGUAGAUCAUACAGUAGAACCAGUCUAUCCAGAGCUUCCGAAAUGGGAAGAAACAGUUGCAGGUUCAAGAACUAGAUAUGAACACGUUUUUAAGGCACUUGCCGAUAAAUACCCAUCCGAAAAUUUGCUACUUGUUACUCAUGGGGAAGGAGUUGGUGUUUCAGUAUCUGCAUUUUUGACAGAUGUAACAGUUUAUGAAGUAGACUAUUGUGCUUAUUCAGAACUAAGACGGCCGAUUUUGGAGGAAGAGCGUAAAUAUACAGCUGGAGAGUUCGAGGUUCUUACAAAGAGUGGUCAAACAGGCAUCGGUUAUUGCUCAUUAGCUCCGGCAGCCAACGGUAUUGAAUGAUGUUGCUUCACCGAUUCUCAGUUUUUCAGUCAUUAUUUAAUGGUUCUGUUGCAUUGUUGUGCAUUUAUGUAAGUGCUCUUGUAUCAAUUCUUGCUUUUUGGCUAGUAGUUGGUUAUGGCAGCCAAUUAGAUAGAGGUAUUGCAUCAUGUCACUGCCUCAUUUUGUACUUUAUUGUUUAGCUUCAGGAAAUAAAAAGAACAGAACUUGCAUUGAUCUUUAAACAAUGAAUAAGAAUACACACAUCAAUAUCCAAA